AUGAGCUUGCUGGGCGGCUAUAAGAAAAAGACCAGUUACGAUGGCUAUGAAUCUUUGCAGUUGGUCGAUAGCAGAGGAGAUAGCUUCAGUGUCGGAGGUGGAAGAGGAGGGGGGAGCAGCGGCAGCACGUUUGGAGGCUCGUUUGCAGCCACCCUUGGACCGAAGGCGAGUCCGUUGCGAGAGGAGGACUGCAGCACCAUGGACAGCUCAGGUAAGAUACACCCGAUACACCCGGGGAAGCCUGAUAUGGACGCCAACUAUGGCGGAGGACUGCUGGACAUGGUGAAGGGCGGAGCUGGGAAGUUCUUCAGCAACUUCAAAGAUAACCUGAAAGACACGCUGAAAGACACCUCCACCAAAGUCAUGCACCAGGUUGCCACAUACACAAAAGGGGAGUUGGACAUUGCCUACAUCACAUUACGGAUCAUAGUAAUGAGUUACCCUGCAGAGUCGGUGCAGAUCGGCUACCAGAACCACGUGGAGGAUAUUCGCUCCUUCCUGGAUAGUCGGCAUGCCGACCACUACACCGUCUUCAACCUCUCCCAACGCAACUACCGCGGCGCCAAAUUCUCCAACCGGGUGUCAGAGUGUAACUGGCCAUCCCGUCAAGCCCCCAGCCUGCACAACCUUUUCGCCGUGUGUAAGAACAUGCACAACUGGCUCAAACAAAACCCCAAGAAUGUGUGUGUCAUCACCUGCUCGGACGGCCGUGCUCCCUCUGGUGUUUUGGUCUGUGCCAUGUUCUGCUUCUGCCAUCUCUUCAACAACCCAGUGCCCGCCAUGCAGUUGCUCAGCGCCAAGAGACCAGGAUCCGGACUCUGGCCAUCACAUCACAGGUACAUAGGCUAUGUCUGUAGCAUGGUGUCGGAGAAGCCAAAUCUGCCCCACUCCAAGCCCUUGGUCAUCAAGGCCCUCACCAUGAGCCCGGUCCCCUGCUUCAACAAACAGCGCAGUGGCUGCCGACCCUUCUGCGACGUCCUCAUUGGAGAGACCAAGAUCUUUACCACUGCCCAGGAAUAUGAAAGGAUGAGAGAGCACCGGGUGCAGGAAGGGAAGGUUGUGUUUCCUCUGGGGGUGAGUGUCCACGGGGAUGUGGUGGUCUCUGUCUACCACAUGAGGUCCACCAUCGGAGGACGCCUGCAGGCCAAGGUCUCAAACACUCAGAUCUUCCAGAUCCAGUUCCAUACAGGCUUCAUUGCACCCGGGACCACCCUGUUAAAGUUCAACAAACCAGAGCUAGAUGCAUGUGAGUCUCCAGAGAAGUACCCCCAGCUGUUCCAUGUGAUAUUAGAUGUGGAGGUAGAGGGGGUGGACAAGCAGAAGGACCUGACUCCACCAUGGGAGCAGUUUCCCUAUAAAGACAUCAGCCCCAGCGUCCUCUUCUCCUGCCACCAGGAACACCAGGACACACUGGCCAUCGCUGAUGAGAUGGAGGGGUUGGAUCUGGAGGAGCCAAGCCGGCCCCACGGAGGUCCAGACGGCCGAGGUCACGGCGAGGAGAGCGAGCCCUCAGACGAUGAGAUGUUGUCUCUCUCAAGUCAGCAGAGCAACGCCAGCGCAGCCCCCCAGAAACCCAACCCCCUGGCUCCAGCUCCCACGGUGCCUCCGCAGGCUGAGGAGGUGGAUCUCCUGGGCCUUGAUGGGGAGGCAAUCAACCCUUCAUGCCCUUCACCGCAGCCGCCGCCGCCCACGGCAGCCACUACCACUGACCUCCUCGGGGACCUGUUUGGUUCUCCUCCUCCUCAGCCAACAAGCGGACCGUCGUCCACCCAUUCUACGCCACACAAAGUAGCUCCAAACACCGCCUCACCCUGUCCCUCUCCGGCCCCGACAGCAUUCGAUCCCUUCGGGGCUGGUCCCAUGCCUAAGCCUCAGGAGCUCAUGGGGUCAUUCCUGGGACCAGGUAACGUGGGGCAGCCAGACCCCUUCCUGCAUGCCAUUCGCUCUCCAUCACCCACCCUACAGCCUACAAGCAUGGGCCGGAGUUCUCCGGUCCCUCCGACCACACCAACAGUCAAUAUCCAGCAGCAGAACGCGAUGGGAGGGUGGGACUGGAACAGACCUGCUACCGCACCCACAGGAGGCGGCUUUGGUAUAGGAAGUCGGUCAGCCACCACCAGUCCCACUGGCUCCGUCCACAGUACCCCCACCCACCAGACCAAGCCCAACACCCUGGACCCGUUCGCUGACAUAGGCAACCUGGGGGGUAGCCUUGGAGGAGGCUCGGGCUUCUCCAGUAAGCCUACUACCCCUACCAGCACUACCCCUGCCUUUCCUCCCAUGGGUUCUCCAUCACGGCCCCCUCCUUCUCCUCAGCACACCGCUGGGUGGCAGCCUCACGCAGGAGCCGGCUUCCCCUCUUGGCAGCCCGGUGGUGCUGGUGGUGGUGGUGGAGGUGGCUGGCAGCCCCAGGGACAGAACGCAAGCCCCCAGCCCAAGCCGAGCCCCAGCCACUCUCCCAUGCCCCAUACGUCCCCCCAAAACAGACCCAACUACAACGUCAGCUUCUCCGGGAUGGGAGGAGGCUCCCCAAGCACAGGGGGGAAAACACAAGCUGGUAUGGGUUCCAAGCCCAAGGCAUCGGAUGCUAACUUUGAUGACUUGCUGUCGGGUCAGGGCUUCGCUGGGGCCAAGGAAAAGAAAGGCCCCCGGACUAUAGCAGAGAUGAGGAAAGAAGAGAUGGCCAAAGAGAUGGAUCCAGAGAAACUCAAGAUUCUGGACUGGAUCGAGGGGAAGGAGCGUAAUAUCCGUGCCCUGUUGUCCACCAUGCAUACGGUGCUGUGGGAGGGGGAGACCCGCUGGAAAACAGUGGGCAUGGCUGACCUGGUCACUCCGGAACAAGUCAAGAAGGUCUACCGCAAAGCAGUCCUCGUGGUCCACCCAGACAAGGCGACGGGGCAGCCGUACGAACAAUACGCCAAGAUGAUUUUCAUGGAACUGAACGACGCCUGGUCAGAAUUUGAAAGCCAAGGACAAAAAGCACUCUACUAAGCGAAGAGCAAGAGAAAGUGAGCCAGGCGAGGACAUUCCUGCCGACCCCCGUCCUGCCCCCACCCCACCCCAUCACACACACACCUAAAACGCCCCAUCAACUCGGGUCAAUAAACUACACCC